AUGCCUGUUUCUAUGCGAGCAGUGGACGUCAAAGAUGGAGCUGGGCCAGCGUCAGCUCUCUUCAUCAACGACGCCGUUCCCGUUCCAGAAGUCAUGCCAGGGGAAUGCCUCGUAAAGAUUAAAGCAUUUGGUAUUAAUCGAGGUGACAUAUUGCAGCGUGACGGCAAGUACCCUGGCAUUUCUCAUCUGACCAAGAUCAUGGGUCUCGAGUUUAGUGGCGUAAUUGCCCAUCUGAACGCAGAAGAGGACAUCUCGGAUGGAUGGAGGGUCGGAGAUGAAGUCUUUGGACUCCUGUAUGGCGGUGGGUAUGCAGAGUACGUGAACGUGGACAGAAGAAUGCUCAUCAGGAAGCCGAAGGAGCUUUCAUUCGAGCAGUUGGGCGGCCUUUGCGAGACAUGGUUUACCGCUCUGCAGGCACUUCACUUCGUUGGCCAGUACAGCCCCGAGACCACCAGAUCAAUCCUAUGGCAUGCUGGCGCCUCAGCUGUAUCUGUCGCGGGCAUCCAGCUCUCCAGGAAUGCGCAUCUGAUUACCUCUUCGCCCAACGUGCAAGCACCCAAGGUUUUUGCCACGGCCCGCACACAGGACAAGUGCAAUUUUGCCGUCAACGAGCUCGGCGCAACAUGCACCGUAAAUCUCUCGCACCACCCGGACAAGCGCAGCUGGGCCGACGAUAUCAAGGCUAAGAAUGGCGGACAGGGCGUGGAUCUCGUGAUUGAUUUCCUAGGGGGUCCAUACUUGCAGUCCAAUCUCGACGUGUUGGCCCUUGACGGCUGCAUCGUUCAGCUUGGAUGGCUUGACGGCCCUGUAUCGCAGGGCAACUUGAACAUUGCCGGGUUUUUGACAAAGCGCGCUCGUGUUCAGGGGAGCCAGCUCAGGUCGCGAAGCUUGGAAUACCAAAUUAAACUACGUGACUUCUUCGAGGCAAAUGUACUUCCUGGGCUUGUAGAUGGGCGGUUCAAGCACGUUGUUGAGCGUGUCAUUCCGUGGGAGCGUGUAGCUGAAGCGCAUCAGCUGCUUGAGGGCAACAGAACCAAGGGCAAGGUUGUGUGCGUUGUUGGGUGA